AUGAAUGAAACUAGCUCAUUAUUCACAGAUUCUUCAGCCUCUAAAAGUGCGUUAAAACUAAAUCAAGGCGAAAGAUCGAAUUUAUUUGCAAAAUUAGGUGCAAGUGUCAUUACUCCUCAUUCUUCUCAAAAUAAGUCUCAAAAUCUCAAAAAUGAUAAAGGAAUAAGAAGCUCAGUAGUAGAAGACAACAAAAAUGAAGGGAUUGUAUUAAAAGAUCCUACUUAUGGAAUAGAGCACAUACAUGGAUUCAGGGUCGCUAAUCUUGGAAAUAAUUCACUAUUAAAAGAACUUGAUGGAUAUCAAGAUUCCCAAAGACAGAAAUACCAAAAAAUAGACGAAACUCCAAAGCCAAGAGGAUUGGCAUCAUUAAGACACCCUGAUCCUCCAAACCAUGCUAUAGAAACACAAGUAAGCAUUUUUUCAAUAUCAGACCAAGAUAAACUUGUAAAGAAACCUAUUGGCCACGCUAUUUUAUUAUCAGGAGAUUUAUUAAUAACAUCAAAUUCCAUUAUUUCUUCAGAACAGUCUGAAGUUUUUAUCAGAACUUUUAACAACCGUCCUAUUUCGAUUAUCAAAGAAAAAAAUUUUAUUUCCAAUAAAAAUUGGAAUUUUACCAUUUUGUCUGUGGCAAAUUUUUCAAAAGAUUAUGAAGAUAUAAGGACUCCGUUUAGCCUUAUGCAGAGGAGUGUGGUAAAAAUGAUUGAUCAAGACCCUUGGGCUGAUAUGAAUGUAGUGAAUAUUGAUCAGAAACAGUUCUGUUUUACUUCAGGAAGAAAUGAGAAGUUUUUGCCUGGGUCAGGGGUAUUUACUAGUAAUUGAGAGCUCCAAGGGAUGUACACACAUUCAAUUUCCUAUUUAAACUUCGCGGUUAGGUUUGAGCCGAUUUUAGCAUAUUUAAGAUUGAAUAGAGGGCCUUUAUAUUACCCUGAGCUGGAAAAUUUGAUUGAUCCUUAUAUAAAUCAUAUUGAUCAUUCAAAAUCAUCAAAACAUUAUCAAAGCUACAUAAAUUCAGUGCAGUCUUUAAUGAAAUAUUUUGAUCCCAAGACUUUCAUUAAUAUGUAA